AUGGCAUGCGAUUUAGAGAAAAUUGAAGAAAAUGAAAGAGAAAAACCAAACAUAGUAAUUCAGCUGAAUACGUUGGGGCUUGAUGAAUUAGUAUCAUUGACCUUGAAAUUAGAACAGGAAUGGAAAAUAAUAAAAAAGAACUACGCCAUUUUAGAAAGUGCUGUUGUAACAUACGACAAGUGCAAGAACGCAGUUGAACUAUUGAACCCUUCAAAAUAUAAAACGAAAAAUUUUAAUUUAUUUAUGAACGAACUAGAACGUUCAGAAUUGAUCAAAUUAUGUAAUAAGGAUAAGACACCUGAGGAAAAUAUUAAUAAAGAAACCGAAGAAAAAAAUGAUAAAGAAAAUAUAGGAGAUAUAAGUUCUUCAAAAGAAAACACUGAUAUAAAUGAAGAAAAAAAAGAUGACCAACAAGAAGAAAAACAAAUAAUCAAAGAAGACGAAAAAAAAUCUUUUGAUGUACAUAUUCCGUUGACGUCCCUAGUUUACAUUCCAGGAAAAAUUGUAAACACGGAUAAUUUUUUGGUUCGUAUGGGAACAAAUUAUUAUGUAGAAAGAAAUAGCACACAGGUUAUUGAGUACUAUAAUAAUAAAAUAAAAAAAAUAAAUGAACAGAUUACUAAAUUAAAAAUUACCAUUAUUGAAAAGAAAAAUGAAAUAGAUCUUUGCAAGAAUUAUAUUCAAAUUAAAAGAAGAGAGCAACAAAUGAAUGCUCUAAAUAUGCCACAACAACCAACAAGUUCAUAA